UCACCCACAAACUACCGUCACAACUUUCCAUCGUUUUGCAACAUUCUUCUGAUUCUUUUUCGCAGUAUACAUGUUUGUGAUAUUGUCUCAAUGACUCUCUCAUCUCUUCACUGCCACUCUUACCCUCUACCGUUCACCGUAACCUCACCCCAUUCAAGACCCAUCACUUUCUCUUUCUCUUUCUCUUCUUCCAAUUCAACUUUCAGAUUCUGUGUGCCUUCAGCUUCUAGCACUCCCUCCCCAAGUCAGCACCACCACCUCCCUCCCAAUUUCUCACCUUUCCAACUCUUGGAACUCCUCCGCCGCCAAAAAGACGAAUCCUCAGCACUUCGCAUCUUCCAAUGGGCCUCUAAGCAGCCCAAUUUCUCGCCCCAUAAAUCCAUAUUCGAAGAAAUCCUUCGCCACCUUGGCAAAGUUGGUUCCUUUGACUCCAUGAUGAUUGUACUCAAAGAAAUGAAGUCCUCGGGUUGCCCCAUCGAUGCAAGUACCUUUCUUAUUUUCAUCGAAAGCUAUGCGAAUUUUCAGUUACACGACGAAAUUAACGGCGUGCUUCAUGUCAUGGAACAUGAGUUCGGGUUGAAACCUGAUACCCGUUUCUAUAAUGUCUUGCUGAAUGUUCUUGUCGAGGGUAAUAAGCUUAAGCUUGUGGAAACGUUGCAUUCGAAGAUGGUUAGUGAUGGGGUUCAACCGGAUGUUUCAACUUUUAAUGUUUUGAUUAAGGCUCUAUGCAAAGCGCAUCAGAUAAGGCCUGCGAUUUUGAUGCUUGAGGACAUGGGGAGUUAUGGGUUGAAGCCUGAUGAGAAAACUUUCACCACGCUUAUGCAAGGUUUUGUUGAAGAGGGUGAUUUGAAUGGCGCGUUGAGAAUCAAGGAACAGAUGGUGGAGUUGGGGUGCUUGAUGACUAGUGUUUCUGUUAAUGUUUUGGUGAAUGGGUUUUGCAAAGAGGGUCGAGUUGAUGAAGCUUUGAGCUUUAUUCAAGAUGUUUCCGAGGAGGGGUUUUACCCUGAUCAAGUUACAUUCAAUGUUUUGGUGAAUGGGUUGUGUAGAACUGGACAUAUCAAGCAUGCUUUGGAAAUCAUGGAUUUUAUGCUUGAGAAUGGGUUUGAUCCUGAUGUAUAUACAUACAACUCUUUGAUCUCUGGGUUGUGUAGAUUGGGUGAAGUUGAUGAGGCAGUUGAGAUUCUCCAGCAGAUGAUUUCUAGAGAUUGUUCCCCAAACACUGUAACUUACAACACACUUAUUAGCACCUUGUGCAAGGAGAACCAUGUUGAAGCAGCCACUGAACUGGCCCAUGUUCUUACCAGCAAGGGGAUAUUGCCUGAUGUUUGUACAUUCAAUACUUUGAUACAAGGUCUCUGCUUGACCAAUAACCGAGAGAUUGCGAUGGAACUAUUCGAGGAGAUGAAGAAGAAAGGGUGCCCACCUGAUGAAUUUACAUACAGUAUAUUGAUUGACAACCUCUGUUCUGAAAGGAGACUGAAAGAAGCAUUGGUGCUACUGAAAGAAAUGGAGUUAAGUGGCUGUGCUAGGAACGUGGUGGUGUACAAUACAUUGAUUGAUGGUUUGUGCAAAAACAAAAGGAUUGAAGAAGCAGAGGAGAUCUUUGAUCAGAUGGAACUCAUGGGGGUGUCAAGAAGUUCAGUAACAUAUAACACCCUCAUUGAUGGCCUCUGUAAAAGCAAGAGAGUGGAAGAAGCUGCUCAACUUAUGGAUCAGAUGAUAAUGGAAGGAUUAAAGCCUGACAAGUUCACUUAUAAUUCAUUGCUUACGUACUUCUGCCAAGGUGGAGAUAUAAAGAAGGCAGCUGAUAUUAUGCAAAAUAUGAACUCAAAUGGUUGUGAACCGGACAUUGUUACCUAUGGGACCCUUAUUGGAGGACUAUGUAAGGCAGGUAGAGUAGAAGUUGCAAGUAAGCUCCUCAGAUCUAUUCAGAUGAAAGGUAUGGUCUUGAGUCCACGUGCUUAUAACCCUGUGAUGCAAGCACUGUUUAGAAGGAAGAGAACUAAAGAAGCCAUGAGGCUUUUCAGAGAAAUGAUGGAAAAGGGUGAUCCUCCAGAUGCUAUAACAUACAAGAUUGUUUUCCGGGGCCUCUGUAAUAGUGGAGGGCCAAUACAAGAGGCUGUUGAUUUUACAGUUGAGAUGUUGGAGAAAGGAUUAUUGCCAGAGUUCACAUCAUUCGGUUACUUGGCAGAAGGGCUUUGUUCUUUAUCCAUGGAGGACACCCUCAUUCAACUCAUCAAUAUGGUGAUGGAGAAAGGAAAAUUCUCACAAACUGAAACAUCUAUGAUCAGAGGCUUCCUGAAGAUCAAUAAAUUUAAGGAUGCAUUGGCCAAUCUUGGUGGCAUCUUGGAUAGGCAAAAGUCCAGAAGAUUUGAGUGGUGAAAAGUUUUGCUGUAACUGCACUCCGCUGAUGCUUUAAAGUAUAAUGGGAAAACACCUCAUUGCGUAAAGGUGCUGAAAAGUAUGGGGGAGUUCAAAACCCAGGAUUCAAGGUUAUGAAGUCAAUACAUUUCAGCACUAGUGGCUUUCUUCUUUCUGGCUUCAUUGAUGAGUACCUCUUCUCCAGACUCGUAGUUUCCAGUUUCAAAGGAAAAAUGUGAACAUGCUACUUGCAGCUGGCAUUCAUAUGAAUGUUUCUCAAUGGAUUUAAAGCAUAAGAAAGGAGUUCAUUCACUUCUUAAUUUAUGUUUUUUUUGCCAGGAUGAGUGGCAGGUUUGCAUUGACCUUAUAUGCUGGGUAAGAAUCAAGUUGGACUCAUUGGUAUUACGGUUAAAUACAACAAACUUUUUAGUUUAACGCAGAAUUUGCUCCCUUAUCUAAAUAAACAUCAAAAGCUUUCCCCUAUGAGCUCUCAUGGGUUGCAGGAUUUCUU